AUGCUGACAAUAACUCAAGCUUUUGUAGUCCUGAUAAUUGUUUUGUUAAUUGUCGAGUUUUUCAGACUGCAAAAGGCAUGCAAGGAACUCCCUCCUGGACCAACUCCUCUCCCAUUGUUUGGAAGCUUGGUGCACAUGAACUUUCAGUUUCAUCGGGAUCUUCUGAUGGAGCUGGCAAAAAUUCAUGGCAACAUAUUCACCUUAUGGUUUGGAUGGACCCCAGUGAUCAUACUGAAUGGAUAUAAAGCAGUGAAGGAUGGCAUGACCACGCACCCUGAAGAUGUUUCUGGGAGGAUGUUGGCUCCUUUCUUCAGAGAAAUGGCCAAAGGAAAAGGUGUUAUACUGGCAAAUGGUCACUCCUGGAAGCAGCAGAGACGCUUUUGUAUAAUGACUCUUCGCAGUCUGGGAAUGGGGAAAAAAGUCCUGGAGUAUCGCGUGCAAGAGGAGGCCUCUCACCUGGUGGAGUUCUUUGCCAACCUGAAAGGAAGACCUGUGGAUCCUUAUUUCCGUCUUUUCCACUCUAUUUCAAAUGUAAUUUGUGCUCUGGUUUUUGGAUAUCACUUCUCUGAUGAGGACAAAACCUUCCAUGAACUGCUCAGUGCCACAGAGACCUUAUUCAAAUUUUUAGGCAGCUUUCUUCACCAGUUGUACGACAUCUUACCCUGGCUGAUGUGCUGUAUCCCUGGUCCUCAUAAGAAAGUACUAUCUUGCUAUGAUGUCCUGAGCUCUUUUGCAAGGAAGGAGGUCAGAAGACAUGUGGAGAGAGGGAUACCAGACGAACCACAGGAUUUCAUUGACUUUUACCUGGCUGAGGUGGAGAAAUCUAAAGAUGGGGUCAAGCCCAAGUAUGAUGAAGACAACUUGGUAUAUCUUAUAAAUGAUCUUUUCCUCGGUGGAUCAGAGACCUCAAGCACAACACUGUACUGGGGACUGCUCUAUAUGGUAGUGAAUCCAGAAAUCCAAGAGAAGGUGCAGAAGGAGCUGGAUGCUGUUUUGGGUACUUCCCAGUUAAUUUCCUAUGCGGAUCGGAGAAAGCUGCCUUAUACAAAUGCUGUGGUUCAUGAGAUCCAACGCUUCAGCAAUAUUGUCUUUGUCGGCAUGCCCAGAUUGUGUGUGAGGAACACAACAUUGCUAGGAUACCCCAUCAAAAAGGGCACCCCCAUUAUGCCAAAUAUAGCAUCUGUUCUGUAUGACCCUGAGCAAUGGGAGACACCUCGACAGUUCAACCCUGGCCAUUUUCUGGAUAAAGAAGGAAACUUCAUACCUCGAGAAGCCUUCUUACCGUUCUCAGCAGGGCACCGUGUGUGUUUGGGGGAGCAUCUAGCAAGGACCGAGCUCUUUAUUUUCUUUGCCAGCCUGCUGCGGGCAUUCACCUUCCGGCUCCCUGAGGGAGUGACGAAGAUCAACACAGAGCCCAUUUUUGGGGGCACGCUGCAGCCCCACCCGUACAGGGUUUGUGCCAUUCCACGCUAG